GAUCUCGGCUCACUGCAAGCUCUGCCUCCCAGGUUUUAUGCCAUUACGCCAUUCUCAGGCCUCUGCCUCCCCAGUAGCUGGGACUACAGGUAUGCACCACCUACACCCGGCUAAUUUUUUUGUAUUUUUAGUGGACACAGGGUUUCACCGCGUUAGCCAGGAUGGCCUCGAUCUCCUGACCUCGUGAUCCGCCCGCCUCGGCCUCCCAAAGUGCUGGGAUUACAGGUGUGAGCCACCACACUCGGCCUGUAUAGUGUAUUCUUCUUUAUACUUGUAUAUACAUAAAACAUUUCCAGAAGGAUACAAAAACUUGUAAUAGUAAUUGCAUCUUGGUAAGAGAACUGGGUGUCUGGAGUUGGAUGACUUUUUUCUUAUCUUCUCUUCAUCAUCCUUUUCUUUUCUUUCUCCCCCUCCCCCUCCCCUUCCCUCCCCCUUCUCCUCUUCUUCUUCUUCUCCUUCUUCUCUUUCUUCUCCUUCUCCUUCUUCUCCUCCUCCUUCUCCUCCUUCUUUUCCUUCUCCUUCUUCUUCUUCUUCUUUUUUUUCCCUUCCUCCUCCUCCUAUUUGUGUUUCUUUUUCAGCUAAAGAGAGAAAGUUCCCUGGUGAUUCUGAUGUGUAGCCAGGUUAGGAAACUAAGGCUAUACAUCAUAUCCUCACCAUAUUCUGGACACAUUAAAGGCUGUCCGUUCAUGCCUCAGACAGUUGACUGGCUUAGUUGAAAUUUUUCUGAGGUGAAAUUUUUCUGAGGUGUAGAUCCUUGACUGCAUUGCUGAUGCCAAGAUAGUAGAGUUCAUGCAGCGCUGUGCCUCACACAUGCAGGCCAUCAUCCAGGGCUUCUCUUAUGACCUCCUGAAGAAGAUAGACUCCCCGCAGCGGCUUGUCUACAGCCCGCCCUGGUGUGGUGGCCUCGUGCAGGGAAACCCUAAUGGCUCUCCUAACUGACUGCUUAAAGCUGGAGUCAUUUCUGCUCAAAAUAUCUACAGCUUUGUUUUUGGGAAGUUUUAUCUUACUGGGGUGACACAGAUGGCCUAUCUAGGAUCUCUUCCGGUCGUUGGAGAAAAGGAAGUGAUUCGAGCUGCUGAUGAGCCCACCUUCUCUUUCUUCAGCAGCCCCUACAUGGUCAUGACCAACCUAGUGUGGAAUGGGAGCAGGGUCACAGUGAAAGAGCUGAAUCUCCCCACCCUCCCACACUGCAGCAAGCUGCAGCUGGCCGACUUAUUAAUUGCCGAGCAGGAACACAGCAGCAAGCUGCGGCACCCCUACUUGCUACAGUUGAUGGCUGUGUGUCUCUCGCAGGACCUAGAGAAAACCCGCUUUGUGUACGAGCGCAUCACUAUCGGCACAUUGUUCAGUGUCCUUCAUGAACGACAGUCCCAGUUCCCAGUGCUGCACAUGGAAGUGAUUGUGCACCUGCUGCUCCAGAUAUCUGAUGCCCUGAGAUACCUGCAUUUCCAGGUGUUUAUCCACUGCCCCCUCAGCUUCUAUGCUGUCCAUAUCAUCUCCCCAGGUGAAGCGAGGCUGACCAACCUGGAGUACAUGUUGGAAAGCAAGGACAGAGGUGUACAGAGGGACCUGACUCGAGUGCCCCUUCCUACGCAGCUAUACAACGGGGCCGCACCAGAAGUGAUCUUACAGAAGGCAGUCACAGUGAAAUCAGACAUCUACAGCUUUUCUAUGAUCAUGCAGGAGAUUUUAACAGAUGACAUACCCUGGAAUGGCUUAGAUGACUCAGUUGUUAAAAAAGCCUUAGUCUUGGGGAAUUAUUUAGAAGCUGAUGUCAGGCUUCCGAAACCUUACUGUGAUAUUGUUAAGUCAGGCAUCCACGUCAAGCAGAAAGACCGAACUAUGAACCUUCAAGAUAUCCGGUAUAUUCUGAAGAAUGACUUAAAGGAUUUUACUGGAGCCCAGAGAACUCAACCAACCGAGAGCCCCAGAGUGCAGAGAUACGGACUCCAUCCUGAUGUCAAUGUCUAUCUAGGACUGACUUCAGAACACCCCAGAGAGACCCCUGACGUGGAAAUCAUAGAGCUAAAGGAAAUGGGCAGUCAACCUCUUUCACCAAGGGUUCACUCUUUAUUCACUGAGGAGACACUAGAUCCUCAGGCCCCAGAUGCAUGUCUGAUGGCCAGGGAGACUCAGAAUCAAGAUGCUCCUUGCCCUGCUCCAUUUAUGGCAGAAGAGGCCAGCAGCCCCAGCACAGAUCAGCCAAGCCUCUGCAGUUUCAAAAUCAACGAGAUCUACUCAGGCUGCUUGAUUUUGGAAGAUGACAUAGAAGAGCCUCCAGGAGCUGCUUCAUCUUUGGAGGCAGACGGACCUAACCAGGUAGGUGAACUGAAAUCCAUGGAAGAAGAGCUGGAUAAGAUGGAGAGAGAGGCGUGUUGUUUUUGCAGUGAGGAUGAGAGCUCUUCAAAAGCUGAGACAGAGUACUCUUUUGAGGACUGGGACUGGCAAAACGGUUCACUCAGUUCACUCAGCCUUCCUGAGUCAACCAUAGAAGCCAAGAGCAAUUUGAACAACAUGUCCAUGACUGAGGAGUAUCUCAUCAGUAAGUGUGUGCUGGAUCUGAAGAUUAUGCAGACAAUAAUGCAUGAGAAUGAUGAUAGGCUGAGGAUUAUCGAGCAGAUAUUAGAUGAAGUUGAGAUGAAACAGAAGGAGCAGGAAGAGCGCAUGUCUUUAUGGGCCACUUCAAGAGAGUUUACAAAUGCCUACAAGUUACCUCUGGCCGUGGGCCCUCCAUCUUUAAACUAUAUUCCUCCUGUCCUACAGCUUUCAGGGGGUCAGCAGCCAGACACCAGUGGCAACUACCCAACCCUACCAAGAUUUCCAAGAAUGCUGCUGACUCUUUCUGACCCUGGAAAACAGAACACAGAUGAACAAUUUCAGUGCACUCAAGGAGCCAAGGACAGUUUGGAAAGAAGCAGGAUCCAAAAUACCAGAUCCAGCAUUCGGAGGCAAACAUGAAGCUCCAUCCUCUCCAAUUUCGGUGCAACCAUGUGGAGAUGAACAAAAUGCUUUACCUUCAAAACUUUCAAACGAAGAGUUAAUACAGAGUAUGGAUCGUAUAGAUUGAGAAAUUGCAAAAGUAGAUCAGCAGAUCCUUAAACUGAAAAAGAAACAAGUAAAAGUCUUUGCCUAAUAUAUUCUAAGAAUGUAUGUUUUUCUCCGUACAGAAGAUAUUUUUGAGUUUUCCAUAUUUUGAAACUUUACAUAAAAGGAAUCAUGCCUUA